ACAUUCUAUUACAGAAGCAACCCAGAUUGAAUCCGAACUAAAUCCCACACCGGAAACGAAAAAAGGAAACUCAAACGCAGAAUGAAGGAGUAUUUUCUACUCCACCACAUCCCUCUGUUUGAUUAUUGAGAGCUGAGGUAACGGUUUGCUUUUCCCUAAAGGAAAACAAAAGAAAGAAGAAAGCAAGAAGUUUCAGUUUUAUUGUCUCAUUCAGCACAAGAAGGAAAUAAAAGUGGAAAAAAAUAUCAUGUAGAUUAGCAGAAAAGAAGUGAUGGAGAAGGUAAGGGAUGAUGGUAUAGCCUUAGAUUUCGAAGUAGGAGAUGAAGUUGUUAAGAUCAUCAACGUUAAGAGCUCUUCCUUGCCAUGUCCAUUAUUAGUAUUUUCACCUACUACUGAAGGUUCCUAUCCCAUUCUACUAUUUUUCCAUGGAUUCCGCCUCCAACCCGACUCUUACAAGUCCCUCCUCCUACAUAUUUCUUCCCAUCAAUAUAUCGCCGUUGCUCCUAAGUUCUCUCUAAUGACAUCUCGAUGCGAAGUAAAAACAGCAAAAAAAGUAGCAGAGUGGUUAUCAGCUAAGAAGCUCAACUCUGUGCUGCCAGAGAAAGUUUUUCCAGACAUCCAGAAAGUCGCGGUGUCAGGCCACAGCAGAGGAGGUAAAACAGCAUUCGCCUUAGCUUUAGCCUAUGGAUCAGGAGAUAGCAAGGGCGAAUCCAUCGUCACUUCAGGUACACUAUUUCACAUUCGAGUAGCCAAAGAUGCAUCUGUGGCGGAUUUGAAAAAAGAAAUAAGUAAUCAAGAAAAUCUUCCAGAGAAUCAUUUGAUUCUCAUGUUGGAUACGGGACAUGGAGAUUCUAUCAUGUUGAAUGACGACGAAAUUUCCCUUGUGGAUUAUGGGGUAACAGAUGGAUCACAUUUUUACCUGUUUUUUCAACUUCCAGGUAAUAACAAUAACAAUGAUGAUAAUAGCAAUAAUGGCGAUGGUGAUAAGUGAGUAUCGUCAAUCCCGAGACUCUGAUUUCUCAAGACGAUUCUGUUACUAGUGCUGCAAAAUAGAUUGAGACAGAUUCAAGAUUUUAAGUUAGUGAGUAAUAAUGUUUUUUUUUCAUCAAUAAGUGCAAAUUAUGUUAGUUGCACAUUUAGUAUUUUUAUAUUUCAUAUCGUUAAUCUAUCUUUAUUAUCAUGUUGUUUGCUUUAUUGAUAUGUUGAAGUUAUUUU